AUGGCGUCAGAGAGCUCUGCGAACCCGUCUUGCAAGCCUUCGAGAGCAUUGGAGCCGGCAGCGGCGUUGCGCGAGCGUUGCGCGCUGUCGCGGAGAGAGCUUCGUGAUGACGGGCGCAAUGGUGUCGUUGGGCGAGAGCGGGGAGAGCGAGAGCGCAGGCGUUGGGAGCGCGAGGAAGGCGGCUCUUGCGGACUUUGGACUGUCUCGAUAGUAGCUGGUCUUGCAAUUGGCGGCGCACUACUGGUUCCAAUCUUCAGUAGCACUCUCGCUCAAAAUACCGAAGAACUCACCACCUUGAGCUUCGACCCCUCCAAUACUACCGACUCUUUCCUCAUCAUGACCUCCAACACGCCCGCCGGUCGCCCCGGUACGCUUACGCCGCAAGAAGAAGAGAAGCUUCGCGAGCUAUGGGUGCUUACGAUGAAGGUGUUCGGUGUAUAUGGAGAAGCGAGCAACGGUGUCGCAACACCAGCAGCUGCGCCUGCCGCCAUACCUGGGGCCGCACCAGUAGCUGACAAGGAGAAGAAGAAGAGCAAAUUGAACGUUUUCUCGAGGCACAAGAAGGACAAGACCGACAAGAGUGCGGAAGUUGAGACGACGGCGAUCUCAGGAACAUCGACGCCUGACAUUGGGCGACUGUCACUCUCGACCGACGAUGACAAGUUUGGCCAGACGGCAGAGUUCAAGGCUGCGAUCGCGAACAUUCCACCAGAGGAUCUGCGCAACGCUUUCUGGAGCAUGGUCAAGCACGAUCACCCCGAUGCGCUUCUUCUGCGCUUCCUUCGCGCUAGGAAAUGGGACGUCGAAAAGGCACUGGUCAUGAUGAUCUCAACAAUGCAGUGGAGAAUGGGCGAGAUGCACGUAGACGAUAGGAUCGUCAAGAAUGGCGAGCUGGGCGCAUUGGAAGAGGCUGCUAAAAGCAGUGACGCUAAGGCGAAGAAGAAUGACGAGGAUUUCUUGGUCCAGCUUCGCAUGGGCAAGAGCUAUCUGCAUGGCUUGGACAGCACAGGGCGGCCGAUGUGCAUUGUACGCGCGCGGCUGCACAAGGCUGGUGAGCAGACAGAAGAGUCUCUCGAGAGAUUCACCGUCUACACAAUCGAGACAGCACGCUUGCUCCUCAGGCCGCCGAUCGACACUGCAACCAUUGUAUUCGACAUGACCGACUUCUCCAUGGCCAACAUGGACUAUACGCCUGUCAAAUUUAUGAUCAAGUGCUUCGAGGCCAACUACCCUGAAUCCCUCGGCACAGUGCUCGUCUACAAAGCACCUUGGGUGUUCAAUGCCGUCUGGUCUAUUGUACGUGGCUGGCUGGACCCCGUUGUUGCAGGCAAGGUCUCCUUCAUCAAGAACGUCGAUGAGCUCCAGAAAUUCGUGCCGAAAGAUCAGAUUCCCAAGGAACUCGGAGGCGCCGAAGACUGGGUGUACAAAUACCCUGAACCAGUACCAGGGGAGAACGACACAAUGAAAGAUGAAGCCACCAGAAACGCGAUCGAGGCAGACCGCUCGCAGAUCGUAAAGCGUUACGAGUCGACAAUACUGGAGUGGAUUCGAACUGGGACACAGACGGAGACUAUCGAACAAAGGAGGAAAGAGCGCGAUACCGUCGCCGAAGACUUGAGGCAAAACUACUGGAAGCUCGACCCAUAUGUCCGUGCCAGGACGCUAUACGACCGCAUGGGCGUUAUCAGCCAGUCCGGCCAGCUCGCUUUCUAUUCCAAGGCUGCGGCUGCGGCGGCACCAGCGGCCACAACGACGACAGCCCCCGGACGGGUGUCCACAAGCGCAGAUGAUUUGGACUAG